AUGGCAGUCAUCACAUCUGUGACAUACAGAUUCUGUGUUAAUGGUGAAUUUACUGAGAUCAUGGAGGCCAAGAGAGGUAUAAGGCAAGGGGAUCCCAUAUCCCCCUUGCUCUUUGUCAUUAUGAUGGAAUAUAUGAAUAGAAUCAUGAGUAGAUUACAGCAAAAUCUUGGAUUUAAACAUCAUAGCAAGUGUGCAAGGAUAGGUCUUACUCAUUUGACAUUUGCUGAUGAUGUCUUGUUGUUCAGCAGGGGUGACUACCAAUCUAUUGAGCUUCUUCUUACUGCAUUCAGGGAGUUCUCUGAGUCUACUGGGCUGGUAGUAAAUCCUCACAAGUGUAAGAUGUUUUGUAGUGGCAUGGAUGAAGAUACAGUGAAAAGGAUUAAAAGUCUUUCUGGAUUCAGUAGUGGCAGCCUACCAGUUAGAUACCUUGGCAUACCAUUAACAAGCAAGAAGCUCAGUAUAGCUCAGUACCUUCCUCUAAUUGAGAGAAUAGUAGGGAAAAUUAGACACUGGACCACUAAAUUACUGAGUACCGCAGGUCGUAUUCAGCUGGUUAAAAGUGUGACGACAGCAGUAGCCCAAUACUGGAUGAGCUGUUUUCCUAUUCCCAAAGGUGUGUUGCACAAGAUAGAUGCUAUUUGUAGAGCGUUUAUAUGGGCUGGUAAAGAGGAAAGUAAAAAGAGUCCUAUGGCGUGGAAAAUUGUGUGCACCCCUGUGCGAAAAGGUGGUCUUAAUAUCAUCAAUUUGGAUGUUUGGAAUCAAAUAGCAGUGCUGAAAUGUCUAUGGAACAUAAGCAUGAAGAGAGAUAACCUUUGGGUGCGUUGGGUCCAUGCGUAUUUCCUGAAGAAGAAAAGCCUCCAUGAUGCUCAAGUUAACAGUAAUACGACAUGGAUGUUGAAGGCAAUUAUGGGUGCAAGGGAAAAAAUCUGUUGCUACCAACCUUUAUGGGAUCAAAUGAUGGCUACCAAUAAUUUUAAUAUGAAGAAGAUGUAUGACAAAGCCAUGAUCUUGACUGAUGAGGUUAACUGGAAACAUUUGAUUCAAAGGAACUAUGCAAGGCCUAGGGCUGUUUUGUAUCUAUGGUUAUCCUGCCAUGGUCGGUUAGCCACUAAGGCUAGAUUGAAAAGGUUUGGUUUCAUUCAUGAUGAUGUGUGUGCUUUAUGUAAUCUGGCUGUUGAAAAUAUUGGUCAUCUUCUUUUUGAAUGCAGCAAGACGAGUAUGAUAUGGAAAGAGGUUUUGAACUGGCUAGGCAUCAAUCGGCAGCCUCAAUGCUGGGAUCUUGAAUUGGAAUGGCUAAAGAGUAGUACUAAAAGCAAGAGUAAUUCAGCUGGAAUUUUGAAAAUUGCAAUAACUGAAACAAUCUAUGAGCUAUGGAGUUAUAGAAACGCUGUCAUCUUCGGAAACAGCACUGACAAUCGGAUUCAAGCUAAGAACAUCAUUGAUGUUAUAGUUUAUAGAGGGUGGGCACACCAUAAGUAUAGGAAAAGCAUAGCCAUGCUAUUCAUGUAA